UGGGCUGCCAACACUUCAAUUCGCGCAACCCAAAGAAAUCUCAAUCGAGAUUUUCCCCACGGUCGCCAUCUAAAUUGUUGCUCCGACAACUAAAUCCCCUUUAAAAGCCUCGAUCGGGUCUCCCCUCGCCAUCAAUUUCUUUUUUGACCCGCACCAAGCCCGCGGGGUAAAUCCAUUCCCAAUGGACUCACAAUCAACGACCGCGGCCCCGGCCAAAGAUGCCGGCUCCUUCCUCGACCUGGCCAUCACACUCGUCCUGAACAACUGGCCCGCACUCACAUUAGCUGUGCAGUCGAACUGGGGCGGCCCUACCUCCAGCGACAAGCGCGACUGGCUCUGCGGCGCCAUCUCAGAGAUGCUCAACGAGCGGCCCGAAACCGAUGCCGAAGACCUCGAGGACGUCCUAAUUCAGGUCAUGAACGAUGAAUUCGAAGUCAUGAUCGACGAUGAGAGUGCCGGCAACGUGGCCGCCGAGAUCAUGGAGUUCAAGGCGCAGACGACUCGGGGAGAGUUCGGCGCUAUUCAAGAGCUGUGGGAGACGUGGCAGAAGAAGAGUCAGCAGAAGUCUUCGGCCGCCAGUAUGUUUAAGAGGGUUGAAGCGCGGGACGAGGAUCAGGAGACCGAUGAGGAGGAAGAUGACUCCGAGGAUGAGGAUGUUGAAAUGGGAGAGGCGCCGUCUUUGGUUCGGGCACCCAGGGAGAAGGUUGAGCCUGAGAUUGACGAAGAUGGCUUCACCAUAGUCAAGAAGAAGCGGUAAAUAAACGCCAACGCGGGCAGUUGUUUAUCCUAAUGAUCCAUGAUCCUCGUGUCGCUUUCGUUUCAUGUUUCUUCUUAUAGUGAAUGCACGGAUGGAGCACAUAAAUACAUAUACCUCUCUUUGAACAUAGACGAAUUGAUACAAUUACAACUGC